AUGGCUCCUGAAUAUGCAAUGUGGGGCUACUUAACAGACAAAGCUGAUGUCUAUAGUUUUGGAGUUGUGGCAUUGGAAAUUGUUGCCGGAAAAAACAACAUGAAGUAUCGUCCUAAUGAGAACUACGUUUGCCUUCUUGAUUGGGCACUUGUUCUUCAAAGAAAAGGAAAUCUAAUGGAGCUAAUAGAUCCAAGAUUGGGUUGUGAUUUCAACAAAGAACAAGCAAUCAGAAUGAUCAAAGUGGCUUUGCUUUGUACUAAUCCUUCUCCAGUCCUAAGGCCAUCCAUGUCUGCAGUAGUCGGCAUGCUUGAAGGCCAUGAUGAUAUUCUUGAGUAUAAUUUCGAUCUUCACGAAUUCAAUUUUGAAGUAAUGAGGGACGGUUAUGAUGAAAUGCCAGUCGACUCGAGUACUUCUUCCAACUAA